ACAGAGAUUUCCAGAAUGGUCAACAUACACUUGAUCAUAACCCUUUUCGCAGGAUUGUUAUAUUACGGGGAAGCUUGUAGAUGUGACACCGGAGACGAAAUAAAACUGUUUUGUAGAGCGGAGUUCGCUAUAACAGCGUAUGUGAACUCUUCCCAAGUAGUCAAUGAUGAACGGAUCUUUACUGUUCACGCUCUCAGAGAUUUAAAGGGAUAUUCUCUGUAUGGUGUACAAAAGGUCUUCACACCUACAGAAGGAUCGCUUUGCGGUGUCUCCUUGAACACACAGACGUACUAUCUUCUCGCGGGUACAUACACAGAUGACAAGCGCCUGCACCUAGGAUUGUGUAAUGUCGCAAGAGAAAUGACAAUUCUGGAACUUGUCCACUAUCGUCCACCUGAUUGUAAAUAACCAAAAGAACGUUAAUCUCAUAUGCGAUAAAUCAAUUUUAAGGGACAUUUUCACGUUUCGGUAAAUUGACAAAAUUAAAAUAAAUUGUUCCAGAUUCGCAAAUUUUCGUUGUGCUUAUCAUAUUUGUGAGGAAACAGUUAUACUGAACAUUUACCACACUCUAAUUAAAAUAUCCAUUAUAUGCAUCUUUUGACGAUUUAAAAUCCUGAACAUUAUAAAGAGUUGCAUCGUGAAACGAUUGAAUAAUUUGGAGAGUUUUGUUGAGGUCCUCAUAUCUUGUGAUACUGCGAGGAUUGCUUAUAUAAAGUAGAAAAAUACGUCACUUAUUGUAAGAGCACGGAUGGCCGAGUGGUUUAAACGUUAGAGUUUUUCUCCAGAGGACAGUGGUUCGAGCCCAGUUGAGGGUUACUUUUUGUCUUUAUUUAUUUGUAUUCUUGCUUUAUAACUAGAGCUUUUAAAUUAUAUGUUUACAUUUAUCAAUAUAUAGCAUUGUAAGACAA